AAUGGUGGCGGCAGGACCGGCGGACGGGCCCCGCGGCCCGGCGGAGCCCAGCGCCGUUCCCCGCGGGUGGCGGCGGGUGAGCAGCCGCAGGCGGGCGGGCAGGACUGCCGGGAGGAUUGACGUGUACUUUGUCAGCCCUGAAGGGAAGAAGCUGAGGUCGAAACGAGCACUUGUGGAGUAUUUUCAGAAAACUGGGGAGACAAUACUGAAAGCAGCAGAUUUUGAUUUCACAGCUCCUCGGGGAAGCACACACUCAGGAGUGAGGGGAUGCAGGACGAGAGCUGCGAGGACUGACCUGGAGAAGGACGAUUGUCAUAGCCAAGUGCAGGAGCUCUGUGCACAGAAUGGGUCCCAGGUUGGAAUUCAGAACAUCCACGCUGGGAAUGGACACGUGGAAGAUGUUACAUCCACUUUGGAAAGGACAGAUUUGGUCAUGGAUGGCACAGACCCAGAGGAGGGUUUGAAAACUAAAAGGAAGGGGGCAGGUGGGAAAAGUGUCCAGAGUAGAAAACCUGCGAAGACCUCAGAAAGGAGGAACCGAUGUGACCCCCAGAGCAAGAGGCAGAGAAGAGUCCGUAGCACACGGCAGAUCGAGUGUGUUCAGAACAAGAGGUUCUGUAGACAGACAGAGGGGAGUGGGGCUGACAGCCAGGGUGUGGGUGAUCUGAGCGCUGAGCCUGUGGGUGCAGGCAGAGCUUUGUCAGCAGUGUCCAGGGCACGGGCAGGCACACGGCUGAGGUCAGUGGCUGCUGGCUCACAGAGGGACUUGGGGCACUUGUCACAGGAGGGGCCUGUGGGGACAAGCUUCAGCGACCCAGCUGAGGAGAAAUCCCACGGACUGGAGACAGGGAAAGAGCCAGAUCAGGGGCCUGUGGGUGAGCAGGAUGUUAAAUCCAACACCGAGGCGGAUGCUGAGCCGUGGGACGGGAUGAGCUGCACAGGUACAUAUGUGUGUGAGCAGAAUGUGACUCCAGCCCUCACCUUCUGCCAGGAGCUCUCCUGACUGUUUGAGCCAGGUGUUCUGUUUUGGGUUGACCUGCUCUAACAUCCAAAUCUGUCUCAUUUCUUUAUCCAACAGCGUUUAACUUAAUGCAGAUUUAGUCACGCCUGGAACUUUCUGUUCCAAGCUCUUGAGCUCUACAGUGUGAG